CUCUCUCGCUCUCUCUCUCUCUUUCUCUCUCUCGUUUAAACCCUUCCCUCCCUCAAUCUCAAACUCCCUUCCAAAACUUCUCUCUCUCUCUCUCUCUCUCUCUCUCUCUCUCACAGCAAAGGCCAUGAGAACCCCACUUCUUGAAACACCAACAAAAGAAGAAGAAGAGAAAGAAGACAAAGAAAAGAUGAAAACCGCUAGUGGUUUUCAAAACCACCUCGGGCCGAAAACCAGAGAGACAGAGCUGAGGCUUGGGUUCUCUUCCAAUGGUUUUGAAGACAUGGGUAGUGUGGAGGACGGCAGCCAGAAGCUUUCUGGGUUCGUUAUGAAACAGAGGAAUAGCGGUUUUGGAGCCAAAAGGUGGUUUUCAGAAACCGAAGGUGGUUUUUCGAACCCAUGGAAGCAAGAAAAGGUGGUUUACGAUCAAACCCACCAGCAAAGGAGGAUCGAUUCUUCUCCCGCGCCGAGAGCUCCCCCAGUAGUAGGCUGGCCCCCGGUCCGCGCGUUCCGGAAGAACUUAGCUUCACAGCCAAAGCCAGGAGAGAUGGAGUCAAAAGCUGCUGCAGCUGCUACUUCAGCAGAGGCGCCGAAGGCGGUGGAGGAGUCGAUGUUCGUGAAGGUCAAUAUGGAAGGGUAUGCAGUCGGGCGGAAGAUCAAUUUGAAGGCCCAUGAGAGCUACGAGUCGCUCUCCCGCGCUCUUCAGAAGAUGUUCAACAACUUCUUUUCGAUUAAUUACUUCAAGAAGAAGGAACAGGGCGAAGAAGAUGAGUUAGUAAAUUCUGACCAUGUCCUUAUUUAUGAAGACAAUGAAGGAGAUCGGAUGCUUGUAGGCGACGUGCCAUGGGAGAUGUUCAUCAGCACCGUCAAAAGGCUAUAUAUAAUUAGUGGGUCCAGAGCACCAUCACUCGUGGCUGGAAGAGCAGCAGUGAAAGAUCAGCAGUGAGUAGAUUCCAGACUCUGCAUUGCAAUCACUGAGCUGAAGCAGUGGAUAACAAGAUGCAUGACUAUUAGAUAUAUCUGUCGUCCUCUUUCUUUUUGUGAUCUGUGCUGCUUUAGGUUGCUUAGGAGGCUUUGAUUCCGUCAUUUUUCAGUGUUUUCCAAUGUUCUCCGGUUAUUCGGGUUUCUGGGUUCCGAGACAUUGGAUUCAGUCAUAUAAUAAUACUAACUGUGAUUAUAGAUCAUGGGUUUUCUUAAUUAAAGUUAAAGUGUGUCGUGAUGGUCUCUGUUUAUGUAUGUACGUAUCAUCGACUGCAAUUUAAGUGGGCCAUGUAUUGUUUGAUCCCUGCCCUUUAUAUA